UUUAGUCUAAAAGAAGAUACUGGGAGGAGCAUAAAAGACUGCUGGGAUAGCCCAGAUGCCCCUGCACUUUCUACUUGCAGCAAUGCAGAUAUAUUCCGCCGAAUAAAUGCCAUGUUGGACAACUCUUUGGAUUUCAGUGGAGUCUGCACCACGCCCGUCACAAAAAGCAAACGUGACAUCCUGCCAGACUUCCAGGACUCUGAAGAAGCAGUGGCAAGCAGGAUGCUUUUCCCCACGUCCACACAAGAGUCUUCCCGUGGCCUCCCAGACACCAACGAUCUGUGCCUUGGCCUGCAGUCCCUCAACCUGACAGGGUGGGACAGACCCUGGAGCACCCAGGACUCUGACGCUGCAGCACAAACCAGCACACAGUCCGUUCUCAGCAUGCUGAGUAACCCUCUUGGGAACGUCCUGGGGAAGCCCCCGCUGGGUUUCCUGCCUCUAGACCCCAUUGGUUCAGACCUGUCAGAAAAGUUUUCCACACCGACGCUGAGGAACUCCCGCCUGGAUUCUCGUUCCCUCCUGGACUCCCGCUCCAGCAGCCCCUCGGACUCAGAUACCAGUGGGUUCAGCUCUGGCUCUGACCACCUCUCAGACUUGAUUUCAAGCCUCCGCAUCUCCCCACCUCUGCCCUUCCUGCCCCUCAGUGGGGUGUCAAGAGACCCCCUAAAGAUGGGAGUGGGGUCCCGGCUGGAUCAAGAUCAAGCUGCCCUGGCUGCAGUCACUUCCUCCCCAGCCAGUGCAUCGAAAAGAUGGCCUGGAGCAUCUGCGUGGCCUUCCUGGGAUCUCCUGGACUCUCCAGAAGACCCCUUCAGUAUCGAAAGAGAAGCCAGGCUUCACAGGCAAGCAGCAGCUGUGAAUGAAGCAACUUGCACCUGGAGCGGGCAGCUGCCUCCCCGAAACUACAAGAACCCCAUCUACUCCUGCAAAGUGUUCCUGGGAGGAGUCCCAUGGGACAUUACGGAAGCUGGACUGAUCAACACCUUCCGUGUUUUUGGCUCACUGAGUGUGGAGUGGCCUGGUAAGGAUGGCAAACACCCACGCUGCCCUCCCAAAGGUAAUAUGCCUAAAGGAUAUGUCUACCUGGUGUUUGAGUCAGAGAAAUCUGUGCGUUCUCUGCUCCAGGCGUGCUCCCAGGACCUGCUGAGCCCUGAUGGGCUCAGUGAAUACUACUUCAAGAUGUCCAGCCGCAGGAUGCGCUGCAAAGAGGUGCAGGUGAUCCCGUGGGUGCUGGCAGACAGCAACUUUGUGCGCAGUCCGUCGCAGCGGCUUGAUCCCAGCAAGACAGUGUUCGUGGGUGCUCUGCAUGGGAUGCUGAACGCGGAAGCCCUGGCAGCCAUCAUGUAUGACCUGUUUGGAGGGGUGGUCUAUGCUGGCAUCGACACGGACAAGCACAAGUAUCCCAUUGGGUCUGGCCGUGUCACCUUUAACAACCAGCGCAGCUAUCUGAAGGCAGUCACCGCUGCGUUUGUGGAAAUCAAAACUACCAAGUUUACUAAAAAGGUUCAGAUCGACCCGUACCUGGAGGACUCCAUGUGCCAAGUCUGCAGCACCCAGCCCGGCCCUUUCUUCUGCAGAGACCAGAUCUGCUUCAAGUACUUCUGUCGCUCCUGCUGGCACUGGCAGCACUCCAUGGAGGUCCUGCGUCACCACCGCCCGCUGAUGCGCAACCAGAAGAACAGAGACUCCAGCUAA